AUGUCUAACGUCAUUGUGCUAGGAGCCGGGGUCUGUGGGCUCACGGCGGCGCUCGAGCUCAAGAAGGCCCAGCCCCAUCUUUCAAUCACGAUUUUGAGCCACAAACUCCCGGGAGACAUAGACCCUGAAUACACCUCUCCAUUUGCAGGAGCCAAUUGGCACUCGUUUGCCAGCCACCAGGAGAUAGAAUUGCAGGAGCUUGACAAGGUGGGCUACCGGGAGUUCCAACGUUUGGCACAGGAUGUUCCCGAGGCUGCAGUCACCGCAGUGAACGACUAUGACUACUUCUCUCAGGCAGACGUGGACCAGGCCAACCACCCCAAGGACCUCUUGCCGUGGUUCAAGGACUUCGUGGACGGCUUCAGGGUACUUGAUCCUCAGGAAUUACCCCCUGGGAUUGCGUUUGGUUACGUUUUCAAGGGUGUGGUCAUCACCGUGCCUCUCUACUUAAACUGGUUGGUGCAACAGAACUUGAAAUUGGGCAACCAGUUGAGGCGGACCAGGAAGUUUGGCUCGUUGCAGGAAGUCAAGGACCUUGGAGCUGAUAUUGUCAUCAAUUCCACUGGGCUUUUGGCUCCUCAGUUGGUCGAUUUGAACGAUUCCCGCAAGAACUAUCCCGUCAGGGGCCAGACGCUUCUUGUGACCAACAGCGCCGCCAACAGCAUUGCAGUGUCUUCGUUUGAAGGGUACCCCAACGAGAUGCUCUACAUCAUGCCUCGCAAGGAGGGAGGGUCUAUUAUUGGUGGCUGCUUCGAGGAAAGCUCCGACACCAGCGCCAGCGAAGCAUUCACAGAACGUCUUUUGGAGAGAGCAGCCAGAUUUGCACCUGAACUCGUCGAUCCAAGCUUCAAGAACAACUCCUCUCGUUUCGACGUAGUUAGAGUCAAUGUGGGAUUACGUCCUUUCAGAGACAGCGGAGUCCGGGUCGAGGCUGACCCACACAGACUGUGGUUGAUCCACAACUACGGUGCCGGUGGUGGUGGGUACCAGGGUAGCUAUGGCUUCAGCCAAAGGGUGGUUGAAUUGGUGCAGAGGAAGACGAGUGCCAGGUUAUAG